GGCAGUUUAUCAGAGUGUAAUUAUCUGUAGAAACAGCUCUGGAGGCAGGUCUGGGUCCUAUCACAGUCGUUGCAGGCUUUUGGAAAUUACAACGGUGUUGUAUUGCUGAGACUCUGUGUGCUAUAGGAUAGUUUCAUGUUUAGUGAUCAAGGAAGUUUGGUGGCUGUUUUUUGAUAAAGCUUUUCCAUCUGCUGGAGGGAACGUGCAGUAGUGUUAGUCUAAAAUGGAAUUACUGGGUUUUUCCUUUUUUAAUCUGUUGUCCAGUGAGAUAUGGACUCUUGUGGUAUUUUUGUUUGUUUUCUUGUUGGUGUUUGAUGCUCUCCGUACUCGUGUUCCCAAGAACUUUCCACCUGGUCCCUUUCGUCUGCCAUUUGUCGGCAACCUGUUGCAGCUGAACCUAAAGGAACCUCAUAUCCAGUUCGGCAAGUUUGCAGAGAAGUAUGGAGACAUUUUUAGCCUGAGAGUUGGAAGCUCCUAUAUGGUUGUCAUAAAUGGUUUCAAUGCUUUUAAAGAGGCAAUCGUUCAUCAGACCGAUGUCUUUGCCGGACCUCCAGCAUUUCCAAUUUUUGAACAUGUUACCAAGGGCCACGGUAUACAAUUCUCCUACGGAGAACCAUGGAGAGAACAACGCAAGUUUGCACUAACAACAUUAAGAAGUUUUGGUUUUGGGCAAAAAUCUUUAGAAGCAAAAAUUCUGGAGGAGUGUAAAUGUCUACAUGAUGAAUUCAUGAAAGAGAAGGGACAACCAUUUAAUCCUCAAAUUAGGAUGAAUAUAUCAGUCACAAAUAUAAUCUGUUCAAUUGUUUUUGGAGAUCGUUAUGAAUACGAUGACAAUGCUUUACAAGAAAUCCAUGUUUUACUUGACAAAUUCGGAGAGAUUUUGGAGAGCAUGUGGAUUCAGCUAUACAAUGCAUCACCAAAUGUGGUGAAACAUCUUCCAGGCCCACAUAAUCAUUUAUUUGUUAUUUGGAAAAAGUUGGAGGACUAUAUACAGGAGAAAAUCCAGCAGCACCGAGAGAGCUGGAACCCAGCAGAACCAAGGGAUUUCAUUGACUGCUACUUGUCACAAAUUGAGAAGGCUACUCCCAACUCUAGCUUCCAUGACCAAAAUCUUCUGUAUUCAUCAUUGGAUCUUUUCUUUGCUGGAUCUGAGACAACGUCAACCACAUUGCGCUGGGCACUGCUGUACAUGGCAGGGUAUCCAGACAUUCAAGAAAAGGUCCAUGAUGAGAUUGAAAGUGUAAUUGGCCAACAAGAACCUAAGAUGGAUGAUCGGAACAUUCUUCCUUAUACCAAUGCAGUUAUUCAUGAAAUACAGAGAAAAGGGAACAUAGCUCCAUUCACUCUCACCAGAGAAACUACUCGUGAUACAACUGUGGGAAAGUACUUUAUACCAAAGGGCACACAAGUAAUUAUGAAUCUCUACUCGGUGUUGAUGGACAAAUCAGAAUGGGAGACACCUGAUGAAUUCAAUCCUGAACACUUCCUGGACAAAACUGGGAAAUUUGUUAGAAAGGAAGCAUUUGUGCCUUUCUCUGGAGGGAAACGCAACUGCAUGGGAGAACCACUGGCUAGAAUGGAAUUGUUCCUUUUCAUCACUUCAUUAAUUCAGAAGUUCAAAUUUGUUGUUCCUGAGGGCGUGAAGAUUAGCUUUGAUGGUGUAUUGAUGCUGACACAUGCCCCACGGCCGUAUAAGAUAUGUGCAAUUCCACGCUGAGCCAAGAGAGCAGUAGUAUCCAUGGGCUGAUCCUGCACUGUGCCUCCCAUGACAGCAUUCUGCCCCUUUCAUUGCAGCUCAGUGUCCUAUUUUCUUCUAAAUCAAUGUCUCUGGAAUAUUUCCCUUUAACAUAAUGUUUUUAGAAAAUUAUUUAAUUCUGACAUUUUGUGGACAUAAUAAGGCAGGCAAGCAAGCACUGUCGUCACCUCUCUAAAGAUAAAUAUUUCUGGGACAGUUGAUACUUGGUGCCACUCCUACCAAUCAAACCUAAUUUUACAUUAUUUUGUUCAGAACCUCUUGACCAUCUAUUGCUCUCUCUGUUCACCUUCCCAUCCAUUAUUGCUAACAUCAUCGGAAGGCAUAAGUCGGCUUACACACAGAUGCCCAUAACAAGGUGUAGUACCUAUAAUUAUUGGAGACACAAAGUAUGCAGGUGGUGGAACCUUAAGCAAAGAUUAAACUGCAAGAGGACCUCACCUGCCCAGGCAACUUCUGUGGAGGAAAAUUGAAUCCACAAUCAUAUUAUAACAUUAACUGAUCACUUGAAGGUCUUGUUUUAACUGUUGUGUGUAGAGCUGUAUUCUAACAUUCAUUGGAAAGAGAGUGCAGUAGGAUCUUUUGAAAAUGUGGUAUGAAGAUAAUUUUAAAGUUGUGAUGCAACAAUUUCUAAGGAGAGUAUACAUUAUAUUUCAAGUAUUUUCUGUGCAGGAAAGAACUGCAGAUGCUGGUUUAAAUCGAAGAUAGGCAUAAAAUGCUGGAGUAACUCAGUGGGACAGGCAGCAUCACUGGGGCGAAAGGAUGGGUGACGUUUCGGGUCAAGACCCGUCAUCAGACUGUCCCGCUGAGUUACUCCAGCAUUUUGUGUCGACCUUCAAGUAUUUUCUGCUGUAUGCAAUGAAUCCAAUGUCUGGCCUCCAGUUGUACACUUUGCAAUACAGAAUUCUGUUUUGAUAACCUUGAAAUGUAAAAUGUACCAGAUAUUGAUUAAAUGUUAAUAAUAAUUUCUGCAUUUGAACAUACCUAUGAUUUCAUUAUAAUCCCUGGAAUUUUGCCCAGAAUAUAUUUUGCAGCAAUUUGCUUAAAAGUCAAUCCUUUUUUUAUUCAAAUUUGCCAGCUCAUCUGGAUAUGUGUCAUAUUAGAAAUAUAUUUUUGUUAGCAUAUGUGACAGUGCCCCAUCCCUCAGAUGCUGCUCUGAUCCCCUUCACUGGCUGAUAGGAAAGUAAAGGCCCAAUCCCCAGCAUCAUUAGUAACAACAGGAUCUAAUUAGCUGGCAUCGGUAUGACCCUCCUGAAUCUUGCCAACCUACUCCUUAUAAAUUCCAGGAAUUCUACCCGGAGCGGGAGAAGGUGAGAGAAGCAGAAGAGAAAUAGGAAGAGAGAAUGGAGGGGGAGAGUGGGAGAGAAAGUGGGAUGUUUCCCUACUGGUUUGUGGAAGACUGAGCCACUGGGACAAACCCCAGACCACAGGCGCCACCAUGUGGUCACGACUGGGCUGCUGGGAAGAACCUCUAGGCAGCCAGCUCCUCUACUGAGGCUAAGGCUCAGUGACUGGGGCAAGCCUGAGACCAGUGCCUCUUUGUGCCCACAGACAAUGAGGGACUGCGCCCACACAUAGAACCAAAGAACAUCCAGAGACCGCCAGCACCGCCUCUGCAAGCUCCAAAGCUGAGUCACCAGGAUAAGCCUGGGACCGUCAGGGCCUCCUCUCGAGGCAAGGGUGAACUGCAGGGAGAAGCCUGAGAUCACCAUGCUUAUGCCUUUGAGGCCAGAACAGAGGUGCUGGGAUGAGCCUGAGAUCACCAUCUCCACUGUGCAUGCACCCUGAUGAUGAGGGGCAGCACCCUCAUGCGGUCCUGGACUUUAUUACCACUGUCAAUAAAACAUAUCACGUGAGUUCACCCCACUGCGAGUGUCGGUGUGGUCAAAUCCGAACCCGUCAUCAUCCCGAUGUCACACAUGUUUAAAAACUUGCAACUGAGAACAGUUGCAAAGUUCUGUGCAUAGGGUAGCAUCUAUGGAAUGGAAAAAAGAUACUUGGAUCAAAAAAUGUCAAUAAAGCUAAUAGUAUAUCCCUUUGUUGUAUAGAAAUUGGGCGCAGUCUCUGACCACAUCAAUGGGCAACAAAAUGUAUAUAUCAAAAAGUAUAUGUCCAAAAUGUUUCUCAAAUCUUCUUAAACAUUGAAUCUGGUUCUCCUUUCAAAUGGUUUGAAUGAUGUAAUGUUGCAAUUCUUACAGAUUAUACAUAACAGGGUGUGAAUUCUUAAAAGUGAAAUAACCUCUCCUACAUUAAAAAAAAAUCAUUUAAAUUCAGA